AUGCCCUCCCUGUUUGAGCCUAUUAGCAAGAAUUUGGUCAAAGAGCUUGGAGACAAAGACCUGAGGCCUGUCAAAUACAUGUUGAGCACCAGCAAAUUCUGUCAGCUGGCGCUAUUAUGGAAGAAGAAGGGGACGCACGCACAGUUCUGGGGACAGCCUGCUGUUCCAGUAGAAUACAUCGUGGAUAUCCUGGAGCCAAGUUCUUCAGUCCCAGUCACCAUGAGAGGUCCCAUCCUCCCAAUGGGAAGAAUACGGGAACCCACUGGCCAAGAUUUCAAGCAUCUACAAAAGGAGGUUUGCAGGGAAAUGGAGGCAAUGGCCCAGCUCCCAAAGGACACUCAGGAUGCUAUUCUCCACAAUAUCCUGGCCAGGCUCAAGGACCGAGAGGCUCUGCAGGACCUCAUGGACUUGUUGGAUCGGGGCCCCUCGGAUCAUCUGGACAGCUUUGGUGGUACCUUCCUAAGUGAGAUGCAAGAGGACUCAAGAAAUCUAUGGCUCAAGUUAAGACUGCACAUCAUUUCCCUCCUUAAAGCCAUAUUGGGGCUGAGUGACACCCAGCACGAGCUACUGGCCUGGUCCAUGGAGAAGAGGAUCCUGCUCCAGCAGCGGGCACUGGUGAAGAGCAUCCUGGAGCCCAACUUCAAGUACCCUUGGAAUAUCCCCUUCACCCUGUACCCCAAGCUCCUCACCCCGCUGCAGGUAGAGGGGUUGGCCGUCACCUUCAGCCUGCUGGAGGAGUGCAGCCUGAGGGUGGCUCCCGACAGCCCCAAGGGGACCUGAGACCUGGAGGCCAAGAAGCCCUUGUUCACCCUGUACGGGUCCCUCUCAGUGCCGCAGCAGCUGGCCAAGGCCUGA